GAAGAAGAAGGGACGAAUGAAUCGACUGAAGUAAGUGCUCUAACUAUGUCCAUACCUAAAGAAAAUUCAUCCUUAUCAGCCGAAGAGGAGGAUUAUCUAAAAAUGAUCACAGGAUCUAUUGACGAGAAGACCGCUUAUUGGGGUACACCAUAUGAGGCUGGGAUAGAGAAAAAGAACAAAACGUCGGCAAGUGUAGUAACUCCAGUAUCGCGAGCUAAGACAGAUAUGUAUUUUGAUAAGGAGGAAGGAGAAACGAACGAAA